CAACCUUGUGUUGUUGUCAAUCCGAAGUGCUUUACAACACGGACAAGGAAAUCCUCACUCGUUCGCACCUGUGUUUCGACCAGCAGACGCUUCGCCCAUCUAUAUACUCUACGUGAGCUUGCGUCCAGCUUGUGUCAUUGAUAACUGAUCAUGAUGCGCUACUGGGGUGAGAUCCCUGGACCAGCGGGGGCUCCUCCCAGCCGCAGCUCCUUUGACCUGCUCCAGCGUGAGUUUCGCUCGGUGGAGAUGCAAGACCCUCCCCUGCACCAGCCCUCCGCUCAGCGCCCGAGGCCGACGACCAUGCUGGACAUCCCCUCGGAGCCCUGCAGCCUCACCAUCCACACGGUGCAGCUGUGCCAGCACGCCCGCCGCCUCCGAGGCCUUUUGGCAGCAGCCCAGGCGCAGGCUCAGGGUCAGGGUUCAGCAUCUUCUGAGGGAGGCAACAGGCUGGAAGAGGCUGAUGCCAACCUGCCCUUGCGGCCGCCCACACCACCUGCCAUGCCAGAUGACCUGCUGCCCCUGGACAGCAAAGCCCCGCGGCAGCCCUUCCAGCUUCGCCACAGUGACCCUGAAAGCGAUUUCUAUAAGGGAAAAGGCGAGCCCGUCACAGAGCUGAGCUGGCCGUCCUGCAGGCAGCUCCUCUACCAGUCAGUGGCCACAGUGCUGGCCCACGCCGGCUUCGAGUCGGCCCAGGAGAGCGUGCUGGAGACCCUGACUGACCUGGUCCAUGAACAUUACUUGCGCCUGAGCCGCCUGUUGCGGGUGGCGGUGGACCGGGAAGCGCGACUGGGUGCCAGCCCGUUCCCAGAUGUAAUGGAACAGGUGUUCCAUGAAGUGGGCAUCGGCAGUGUCCUGGCCCUGCAGCGCUUCUGGCAAGUGCGCAUCAAAGACUAUCACAGCUACAUGCUUCAGGUUAGCAAGGAUCUGUCAGAGGAGUACGAGCGGCUGGUGAACCCAGAGAAGGCCAUGGAGGACUCCAAGCCACCCAGGAUCAAGGAGGAGCCUAUGAGUGAUAUCUCCUUCCCUGUCAGCGAGGAACCCGAGGCGGACCUGGCCUCUGGGGACCAGGCCCUGCCCAUGGGGGUCUUGGGGGCCCACGGCGAAAGGCUGGCCACGGGCCUGGAUGGUGACCACUCUCCACACGCCUCAGGUGGUGGCGGGGCCAACAGCUCCCCCCUGUGGCCACAGGUAAAAAUGGAGCCCCAAGACGGGGAUGAAGGCCAGGGAGCCGGCCACCACCACCACCACCACCACGGGGUGCUGGGAGGAGAUGUGUUCGAGGAUGGGGGGCCCAUGUCCACCAUAAGCGAGUCUGGAGGUGCCAUGGCACCUUCGCCUGGAGGUGCGGCAUCAGAUGCCAGCUACGCCUCACACUCCCCCGACUCUCUGAUGGGCUCCUCUCCCGUCUUCAACCAGAGACCCAAAAAACGUGCAAAGAAGAUGUGAGGGUCCUGCUCUGACGGUUGGAGGAGACACUCAGGAGACAGAAGCAAGUUUCCCAGGUCGGCUGUCCUGCAAUAAAAAUCCAACGAAAUUUGAAAAGGUAUUGAAAAACACUAUGUGUACAGUUGCAAGCCAAGUCCUGGUGACUCCCCUCUUCCCAUCUGCUCAGAGGUACAAUACAGAUCAAAGGACAGCAGGUGGAGGGGCAGUUCAUCAUGAUGCCCCUCUCCCCGGCUCCGGGAUAAACUGAAUGGGACGGUCACAGAACGCUUCAGUAAGGAGCCGGUGAUGACAGGAAGGAACUGAACUGACACAAAACUGCUUUAUUUUGUAGUUUCUGAAGAUUGUUUGUACAAGUACAGUGUUUGUGAAAGUAGCCCAGAAUGUUGUUAGUGAACAUAUACAUAGGGUUCAAUGCCAAACGAAUAAAUGUUUUUCUUUUUUUUCUGGAAAGGCUUGAGAUGAGUGUCUUUUACAUAAAAGACUGUGUUAGUUUUACUCGGUUGUGGAUCUGGCUAGUAUCUUUGGCAUCAUAAAUUAAUCUGUUCACGAUACAAAUAUUUUUGCUGUCAUUAACCGAUUGACCAUUUAGUAUAAUCAGCAAAUGUUUUUUUUUUACUUGAAAAAUGCAAUGAGAAUGAUGAAUGCAAAAUGAGAAAAGAUUGAUUUUCUGUUCAUGAACUAACCGUUUCUACACUAAAUCUGACAGCUGUAUUAACUGACACACUCAAAAAAUAUCAGAUGUCAGCAUAACAAAUAGUAUUGGACUGACAGAUUUUUUUGUAAGCCAGUAUCUGCUGAUGACGAUAGUCUGCCAAAUUAUUCCAUUAUUCCAUUAUUAAACAGAGCCGGGCUGCACAGCAAGGACGGCCCCACUGAUGGGACCCCGCUGGAAGGGUUGAAGAGAUUUUUUUUUUUUUUUUUUAAUCUUAACUGAAUUCUUUGGCAUUUAUUUUCAAAUGGGCGAAUAUUCCCACAUGGUAAAUUAGCUGACAUUUUUAACAUUUUUAAUUUGAGUUGACUUCUAAGAAAAACUAGAAGGAAACUGUUUGAAAAUGAUUGAUAGCUCUAGAAACCAGGGUAGACUGUUAAAUGGUGGGAUAACAUUUGGUAAACACUGCUCUGCUCAUACAUCAAUCACCACUCAUGUCACCCAUUAUUGUUAAAAAAAAAAAUCUACUGCCAACAAAGUUGUAAUCCAGUGUUUCUCAUGAGGAGGCAUAGCCGAGUA